GUUGUGUGUGGGGCGAGGCAACAUUAGUCUAUGCUACCCUAAGCUAUACAUACAAACAUAUAACUGUUCUCUCUCACGGACGAGCAGCGACCUUGCGUCUCGGCGAUCAGCAGUCAAACAGUCAGUGAGGUAAGACGCGACGUGCAGUCCCGGACCGUGUCCCGCGCAAUGGGUGAUUUCCUCGUGAAGUGUAAGCGACACAUUUGGCGAUCCUGCCAGGCUAAUUCAUAGUUAUUAUGGGGAAAAGAACCAAAUAAAAAAAAAAACAUGGAAAUCACCUAUUGCGCAAUCAAUAAGUUCCAUCGAACAUCAAAAAGAUAUUCAAGAUGGAUACCAUGCAGCGGGCCAGGCCAAGGUGGAGGCAAGUGAAAGCAAGUGUGAGCGUGUAUUGACAACGAGAGAAGAGAACCGGGAGAGCCGUUUCGAUCUUGUGGAGAGGCAAAUUCCGAGGACCGAUGGAAGUUUCAAACAAAGUGCGAGUUUUGAGGACCGCUAGAGUAUUUUGUUUGAAUAGACUAGCGAGUUUUGAGGACCGCUCGAAUAUUGUUUUGAAAAGAAGGGCAAGUUUUGAAGACCGCCGAAAGUGUCAAACAAAGCGAGUUUUGAGGACCGCGUGAUUUUGCUUGAAUGAAAUAGCGAGUUUUGAGGACCGCUUGAAAUACGAAUUGAUCAGAAAAGCGAGUUUUGAGGACCGCUAAAUUAUUUUGUUUGAAUGAAAAAAGCGAGUUUUGAGGACCGCUUGAAUCUUGUUUCGAAGGUAAAGGCGUGUUGAGAACCUCUACGAAAAAUCACAUGGCGAGAGAAUUGAGAAGCACGUCAUCAAUCUCUGAGAGAAAACGAGCCAUAGUAUCUCGUGUCUCGUUUUGGUUAAUGCCACACAUACUACGUUGAGCGCAACCACGAACACACUCCAAGGCGCCCGAGAAUGCGCCGAAAACAGGGAAAAAACUUUGGACGUCGUUGCCCAGAAGAUUUCUACACGGAAAAGUGUUGCAUAGACAUUUUUGGGUUUACCAUUUCCAAAUUUGAAAAAAAUAUUGACGGUUUCCCCCCUCCUUAUCGAACGCGACGAGUCGUUUCUCCGACCUCACCGCAGCAGAGGUGGGGCUUGAUUCGUUGCGAUGAUUCAUAAAUGCCAUGUUUUGGUUAAAUUGUUGUAAGCCGAGCUCGAUGAAACCUUUGGGCUAAAUUGUCUUAUCUUUGGUAUAUGUUCCAUAAUGAUGUUUAUAAUGAGUUAAACGCAAAUACCAAAAAAGUGGUUGGAUAUUUUUUUAUUAAAAAAAAAAUACGCUCAAAUUGGGGUGAGUUAGAGGUUCCGUGUAAUCUUGAAUUCUGCUUUGCCGCAGCUUUCUCUCCGGCGACGCCAACUGUGCAACGUCUACCGCGUUCACACUCACCCAUGCACAUUACGUGCGCGAAAGCUAAGGAGAAGCGAAUUGGAAAAAAAUGGAACAAAAAAAAAAAAGUUUCAUGUAUGCGUGUGUGCAACGGCUAUAUGAAACGCGUUUUGUCUGGCUAUCUUUUUUCUCGUUCUUCGUCGUGUAAGUGGUUGAGAACAGCAGAGCAGCACAAGUAGAAGCAUCAGUGAAUUGAAAGAUUUCGGUUGUGCUUGUGCGUACUGGUUUUGUGAGAAUUUUUAUUUACAGAAAGUAAAGUUUUGUUCGGGAACGUUUUGAUUUCCACGUUUAUACGAAUCCACAGGAAAGGGGCAACUGGAUGAAACAUGUCCUCUUCGGGAAAAUAUGUUCGUGCGCCACCAGCUGCACCGGAAAGCGACGUCGAAGGCAGUUCGUGCGAUGAAUCGGAAGUCGGACGCUUCGUACGCGCUCCUUCCCAGGAUUCCAGUGCCGAAGAAGGAAUUGCUGAAGAAUACGGUCAGUCCUCGCGUUCUAGUCCUGGUUAUCAAAUGCAGCUGGAGGCUCGAGUACUGGAACUGGAAAACGUUAUUAAAAAGAUGAGCGGAGCCACCGAUGAUGCUACCCGUAUGACCCGCGAGGAAAGCUGCAGUGAGGUAGGUCCAUCAAUCACGCCCUCUGCACCACCGCCAACUUCGCCAACAACCUCACCGUCUCCAACUGGUGGAAGUGCAAUCCGUUGGGAUAACAUCAGGCCGUUCCCCAAGAAUGUGGCGGCAUCCAAAAUGUGGGAAGCUUGGGUGCGUUUCCUGGAGGAUUUUGAAGCGGCGGCUUUUCUUUCAAAUCUCAAGGAUCCAAAGCGUCGGGUUGAACUCCUUCUCCUUUCCAUGGGGGACGAGCUCAAAAGUAUUGUGCGGGCGGCAAAACUUCGACCGGGUGCCGAAGAGGGAGAUAACUUGUACAACAAGUUCGUUGGGAACAUUGAUAAGCACCUGAAGGCUAUGACAGAUCCAGCGGCGGAGCACGAGGACUUCUCGAAAAUGGUCCAGGAAGAAGGUGAACCGGCUGUGAAAUUCCACGCUCGUCUCACCGAGAAAGUACUUCUAUGCGACUACAGCCCAACGGAUCAAGAUCGCUUCGUCCGCACACAGCUACUGAGAGGCCUACGCAAUCAGGAACUGAAGAAAACAGCGCGAAUGUAUGGCCAUGAUUCCAACACUAUUGUUCAAGCGGCCACGCGAGCUGAAGCAUUCCAGGCGGAAAUGGCGGCGCUCGGAGGUGAGUCGAAUGCCCUCGUUGUAAGCAGUGGUAGGGUCCGCCCCAACGAAGGUCAAUUCAAGCGUAGACAGGCAGUCCAGCAGACAAACAGCAAACCAUUGAAGAGGUUCAAGUCCGAGAGAUCAUCUAGUUUCCAGCCGGGGUCGAGCGUAAGUCGUCGUAACAGGUGCCCCAGAUGCUUCAGACCUGCCCACAGAGGUGAAGAAUGUCCGGCGCUUCGGAAAAUUUGCAACGCGUGUGGGCAACGGGGCCAUUUCGCCGCGGCCUGCCGUGUAGAUCGCGUAAGCACGGUGAAGGACGAAUGGUCAGGAGCUCCUGUGGAUGACAAUCGUUCAGAACAGCAUAUCAAUGCUUUGUCCCUUCAAGAUGUGUUGGUAGACUGUAGCGUCGGUUCGUCUACCCCGAUCAAAUUUCUGAUCGAUUCUGGGGCUGACGUGAAUGUUAUCGGAGGUACUGAUUGGCGGAUACUGGAGAGUCAAUUCAAAUCGGGAACAGCAGCCCUCGACCUGAACACCAUCCUACCCCGAAACGAUAUUCGAGCCUAUGCGACCACUAAACCAAUGGAGGUCAAAUAUAGUUUUAAGGCUACACUAGAAGUGAUUGGUUUGAGCAAACCGAUUGUUACGGCUGAAUUUUUGGUUGUGGAGGAAGGCACGAGAUCCUUGCUGGGUAGAACCACGGCCAGUGACAUGGAACUUUUGAAAGCAGGAGCGAUGAUUAACACCUGUGAAAAAUCAACAGUUUUCCCGAAGAUGCCAGGUGUGAAAGUAAGGUUCAGCAUCGAUCACUCAAUCCCUCCUGUUCGUAACGCAUAUUACAACAUCCCGGCUGCAUAUCGCGAUGAAGCUCGUCAACGGCUUGAGCAGAUGGAAGCAAAAGGAAUCAUCGAAAGAGUUACUACUGCGCCAACAUGGAUUAGUGGAAUGUCCGCUCACCCUAAGGGUAAGAUGGACUUUCGACUAGUGGUAAACAUGAAGGCUCCCAACAAGGCCAUUAAGCGGGAAUACUUCCGUCUGCCGCUCAUCGACGAGAUGAAGACGAAACUGCACGGGGCCAAAUUUUUUACCAAGCUGGAUUUGUCGGACGCAUUCUAUCACCUAGAGCUAAGUGAAGAGUCGCGUGAACUAACGACGUUCCUUUCAGAACAUGGAAUGUACCGCUUCACUCGUCUGAUGUUCGGUGUCAACUGCGCGCCCGAAGUGUUUCAGCGAGAAAUGACCAGAAUUUUGAAGGACGUUGAACAUAAAAUUAUAUACAUCGACGACGUCCUAUUAUUUGCGAAAACAAUCGAUGAACUGAGAGCAACAGUUGCUGAGGUGCUAACAAUUCUGAGAUCAAACAACUUAACCCUGAAUGCGUUGAAAUGCGAGUUUGACCGAACACGGCUGAACUUCCUUGGACAUGAACUUAGUGAAAAUGGUUUCAAUAUCGAAGCGUCAAAGGUCAAGGACAUCCAAGCAUUUCGGCAACCCUCAACGUCGUCUGAACUCCGCAGCUUUCUUGGACUCGCAUCGUUCAUAAGUCCGUACAUCGAGAACUUUGCAGACAUAUCCGCUCCUUUGUGGGCUGUUUCGACGGCGCAAAAAUGGAGCUGGGAUAAGGAACAAGAAGUGGCAUUCAAUCUCGUUAAGCAAAGCAUCAUUGAUUCGACCAUAUCACUUGGGUUCUUUUCGGAUUCCGAUCGAACCAUAUUGUAUACUGAUGCUUCCCCCAAUGCUCUGGGCGCGGUGUUAGUUCAGGAGAACGAGGAAGGAAAACCACGAGUAAUAAGCUUCGCCUCAAAGUCGCUUACUGCAACUGAAAAGAAAUACGCUCAGAAUCAGAGGGAGGCAUUGAGCGCAGUGUGGGCAGUGGAGCAUUUCUCCUACUUUUUGCUAGGAAGGCAUUUCAUUUUGAAAACGGAUGCUCAAGGGAUGGCGUUUGUCCUAAGCAGAUCCCGUGAGGAAUCAAAAAGGGCUCUAACCAGAGCAGAUGGUUGGGCUUUACGGCUCAGUCCAUAUAAUUUCGAGAUUGAGUACAUCAGAGGUGUUGACAACAUAGCAGACCCAUCAUCACGACUCUAUUGUGGAGAUGAUGACGAGUUUAGUGAAGAAAUCAGCCCUUGGGAAGUCUGCGUUUUGGAGCCUCAGAGUGCUGAGAUUCUCACCGAGAAGGAAAUUCGUGACUGCACAAUGCAAGACGAAACCCUGAUGCAGGUCAUUCGUUCCUUGGAAACCCAAUCGUGGCCCAAGAAUCUGUCGAAAUUCAAAUCCAUCGCACCUGACCUCAAUUUCAUCAACGGAAUCUUGGUGAAGAACGGUUGUUUUGUCAUUCCGGAGGCCCUCCGGAAGAAAACACUGAAAAUAGCUCAUGCGGGGCACCCAUUGGAAGCCAAAUUGAAAGCUAUACUGCGUAGGCGUGUUUGGUGGCCAGGAAUGGCAGGCGAUGCAGAGGAGUGGGUGAAAUCUUGUGCGGUUUGUGCCGUAAAUGGGCGGCCAGAAAGACCACCGCCAAUGCAAAGAUCCUUUGCUCCGAAAGGCGUAUGGGAAACCAUUGCCGUUGACUUCAAUGGGCCCUACCUCAAGCUAGGAGGAAUAUCAAUCCUAGUAAUUAUUGACCUUCGGUCGAGAUAUGCCAUAGCCCGCCCGGUGAAGACAACCAAAUUCGAGCACACAAAAGCCGUGUUGGACGAUGUUUUUGAACGAGAAGGUUUCCCGAGGGCAAUCAAGUCAGAUAAUGGCCCUCCCUUCAAUGGCGAAGAGUAUUCCAACUACUGUUCUAUGCGAGGGAUUCAGACCAUUUUUUCAACACCAUUCUUCCCUCAACAGAACGGUUUGGUUGAAGGAUUCAUGAAGGUUAUUAACAAGGCUAUGGCCGCAGCAUUAUCAACGGGAGCAAGUUAUCAGAAGGAAUUACAGGCGGCAGUGCAAUCAUAUAAUGCGGCAGACCACAGCAUUACAAGAAUGCCUCCGGAGGAAGUAAUGACUGGUCGAAAGAUAAAGCGUGGAUUACCUUUGUUGAACUACGGAAAUGCUGGACACGAUGAAGAGUUUUUGGACGAGCGAGAUCGUACUGCCAAGCUCCAAUCAAAAGAACGUGAAGACUCCAGGCGGGGAGCCAAACCAAGCCGCGUCAAGCCAGGUGAUACCGUCAUCAUCGAACGUCCAUCCAGGGGUAAAGGGGAUAGUAGAUUUGACCCGAAACGUUUCACCGUGCUGCAGGAGAACAACGGAAGCCUGGUCCUUUCCGACCCAGGGGGCCAGCGGCUAAGACGUCACAUUUCGCAGGCUAAGAAGGUUCAGCAAUGGCGUGACCCAGCAUCCGAGGUAGCAUCUGAAGAAGUUCCCGCUGAUCCUGCCAACGACACCGCCAAUGCGAAUGAGCGACCCAGUAGAAUGAAACGACCUCCACAGUACUUGGCAGACUACACUCGAGCGAUUGAUGCAAACCUAAAGGAAUAAGAAGUCGAUUUUGAAUUUGGUUAGAAAUACAUGAAAGUUCAUACCAGAU